UCUUUCUGAAUAUCGAAGCAUUGCUGCCUCCUGUGGGAGUUCCCAAGUAUCCUGCAGACCCGGUGAGAGGCGUCUCGUGCCUAGAGAUUCCAGGAAGACUUGAUCACCAGGAUCCUUUUCGGGACAUUACCAAACCACUCAUUUUUGAGGCUGACUGCAGUGACGAUGGCCGCCUGAGCAUCUGCCAUGGCCCACCGCACCUGCCAGAGCACUGCCAACAGCAUGCUUGACCACAGGGCCAGGCCGGGCCCCGUCCCCCAGGGCCAGGAGCCCGACGGGGAGGAUGCAGAGCUGCCCUUGGAGGGCUAUGUGCCCACGGGCCUAGCGCUGGCCACCCUGAGGCCCGAGAGCCCCACGCCCGAGCAGCAGGAGUGCCACAACCACAGCCCUGACGGGGACUCCAGCUCUGACUAUGUGAACAACACCUCCGAGGAGGAGGAAGAGGAGGAGGACGACGAGGGCCUCCCCGAAGAGGAGGAGGGCAUCACCUACUACAUCCGCUACUGUCCAGAGGACGACAGCUACCUGGAGGGCGUGGACUGCCACGGGGAGGAGUACCUGGCCCACGGCACGCACCCCGUGGACACUGACGAGUGCCAGGAGGCCGUGGAGGAGUGGACAGACUCAGCGGGCCCGCACCCCCACGGCCACGGGGCUGGAGGCAGCCAAGAUUACCCGGAUGGCCACCUGCCCGCUCCGGAGGACGAGCCCUCCAUCUUGGAGGUCCAGGACCAGGAAGAAGGUGGCCACUACUGCUCCAGCAAAGAGGGCUACCAGGACUACUAUCCCCCGGAAGACAAUGGCAACGCGGGCAGUGCUUCCCCCUACCGCCCAAGGCGCGGGGAUGGGGACCUGGAGGACCAAGAGGAGGACAUCGACCAGAUUGUAGCCGAGAUCAAGAUGAGCUUGAGCAUGACCAGCAUCACCAGCGCCAGUGAGGCCAGCCCUGAGCACAUGCCCGAUCUGGGGCCUGGGGACCCCGCAGAGGCCUGCACGCCCGGCCAGGCCAGCCGGGGGCCCAGCCGGCACGAGGCCAGGCCCAAGUCGCUGAACCUGCCUCCCGAGGCCAAGCACCCCGGAGAUCCCCAGAGAGGCUUCAAGACCAAGGUCAGGACGCCAGAGGAGAGGUCAAAGUGGGCCCAGGAGCAGGUUUGCAAUGGCUUGGAGCAGCCCAGGAAGCAGCAGCGUUCGGAUCUCAAUGGACCCAUCGACAAUAACAACAUUUCAGAGACAAAGAAGGUGGCAUCAUUUCCAAGUUUUGUGGCUGUUCCAGGGCCCUGUGAGCCAGAAGACCUCAUCGAUGGGAUCAUCUUUGCUGCCAACUACUUGGGGUCCACCCAGCUGCUCUCUGAACGCAACCCCUCCAAAAACAUCCGCAUGAUGCAGGCGCAGGAGGCCGUCAGCAGGGUCAAGAGGAUGCAAAAGGCUGCUAAAAUCAAGAAAAAAGCGAACUCCGAGGGGGACGCCCAGACCUUGACAGAAGUGGACCUCUUCAUCUCCACGCAGAGGAUCAAAGUUUUAAAUGCGGACACACAGGAAACCAUGAUGGACCAUGCCUUGCGUACCAUUUCCUACAUCGCCGACAUCGGGAACAUCGUGGUGCUGAUGGCCAGACGCCGCAUGCCCCGGUCGGCCUCGCAAGACUGCAUCGAGACCACACCCGGGGCCCAGGAGGGGAAGAAGCAAUACAAGAUGAUCUGCCACGUGUUCGAGUCUGAGGACGCCCAGCUCAUAGCCCAGUCCAUCGGGCAGGCCUUCAGCGUGGCCUACCAGGAAUUUCUGAGGGCCAACGGCAUCAACCCCGAAGACCUGAGCCAGAAGGAGUACAGCGACAUCAUCAACACCCAGGAGAUGUACAACGAUGACCUUAUCCACUUCUCAAACUCAGAGAACUGCAAGGAGCUGCAGCUGGAGAAGCACAAGGGCGAGAUCCUGGGUGUGGUGGUUGUGGAGUCGGGCUGGGGCUCCAUCCUGCCCACCGUGAUCCUGGCAAACAUGAUGAAUGGUGGGCCGGCAGCCCGCUCUGGGAAGCUGAGCAUCGGGGACCAGAUCAUGUCCAUCAAUGGCACCAGCCUGGUGGGGCUGCCCCUGGCCACCUGCCAGGGUGUCAUCAAGGGCCUGAAGAACCAGACGCAGGUGAAGCUCAACAUCGUCAGCUGUCCCCCUGUCACCACAGUCCUCAUCAAGCGACCAGACCUCAAGUACCAGCUGGGCUUCAGCGUGCAGAAUGGAAUCAUCUGCAGCCUCAUGAGAGGGGGCAUUGCCGAGCGAGGCGGUGUCCGAGUUGGCCAUCGCAUCAUCGAGAUCAACGGCCAGAGCGUGGUGGCCACGGCUCACGAGAAGAUCGUUCAGGCUCUGUCCAACUCGGUCGGAGAGAUUCACAUGAAGACCAUGCCUGCCGCCAUGUUUAGGCUCCUCACGGGCCAGGAGACCCCGCUGUACAUCUAGGCCCACCCAGCCUUUGCCACGGAGCUGGGGACGCCAGGCAGGGCCUGCUGCCCAGAGCUGGAUGCCAGGACAAAGCCCUGACCCCUGACCCCACAGCCCAGCCAAGGACACUGGCUCCUCCAAAGGACAUGCCCUUGCCACCCAUUCUGGGGUUUUUGGUUUCUUUGUUUGUUUGGUGGGUUUCCAAAAAGGGUAUGUCUUUAUCAAUGGAGAGUCGCAGGAACAAACCUUUGUAAAACAUUCAAGUAUUUUGCCACCUUCGGAACAGUUUCUCAUUCACUGCGACUGACAAAGGGCAUUUUUGGGUCCCUGUAUGGUGUAGCGUGUGUGUUGCCCUCCCCGAAGCUGCAGAGAGUGAACGUGGGUGCCCACUCAUGUGCCCGUGAAGGGGGCACUGGGGGACACAGCUCCAGGCAGUGGCAGCCUCUGUGGCUGGGACACCUGGUGUUCUGUGGGAUCUGCACAGGACCCACACAGCUGCCUCUGCCACUGGUUCCCCAGGAGCGUGGACAAGUCCAGCUCCCAGGCCGUGACCUGUGCCGAAAGUGUGGGCACGUGCGACUGAUGGUAUUUCCCCAGAAAGGAGAUGUUCCUGGGUUACAUAAAGGUUCAUGGUCACAGCUGUGAAACGCCAUAUUCAUUCAGAGAAUAUCACCCACUCGGACUUCUGUUUUGGCAAGCCGUUCUUCAGACCUUCGGGGUUUUCCAAUGACCUGCGACCAACAGCUGCUUCUCCUGUCCCCACCUGUUCUCUGCAUCACCCAAGUGUCUGUGAACUUCCUGGGCACCUGCCCUCCCCACCGCUGCUCCACCGCAGGGCUCCCCGCCGGAUGGGACAUGCUGCUUCUGCUGCCAGGACACGGACAGUGGCAUGGGCAUCAUACACACGUGCGCACCCCGGAAAACCUGACCUCUGCCCUUCUGAGGCCACCAGCUGUAAGCGCAAAUCCCUUGGCAAGCCGGGAGCCCCCGCGGGGUGCAGGGUAGAGCGUGUGUGGAUCGCGGCAUACAUCGACCGGUUCGGUUCAUCGGAGAUCAAUGUCAUCUGACGUCAUUUUGUCUGGAAGUCUCUUUUUUUUGGCCCAGGCCUUGAAGAAUACACUGUGACUUAAGAAGCCUUACCACGCAGUAACUAAAGCUUUAGGAUUACUGUACUCGAGGAGUAACCUGUGUGUUGCAUGCUGCUGACCUUAGGAAGACUUCGCGCAUAUCACUAAUAAACCUGAAGUCAUGAAGAAACCGUGCUCUGGCUGUGGGUGGUCUGUGACCGAGCACGCAUGCCCAGCCGCCUCUCUCCGCCCACUCUGGAUGUGGCUCCGCCCUCCCCAAGUCUGGGGGUGGAUGUGAGGUCACCAGACCAGCUCCAAGUUCUCCACUCCCCUGGCCCAUGGCUCCAGGCUACUGGCUAAUUAAUAAAGGAGAUGCAGAAACUUGGGUUCCUCCAGAUUUAAAUGUAAAUUAGCUCCAGGAGAGAUAUGUGUGCAUGUGGUGUGUGCGUGCGUGCGUGCGUGUGUUUGUAGCAGAAAACUGGGCCACUUUCUCCACCCCUCUCUUCAUCCCCGUGGGUCCUUCGUAGCCUGUGGAGAGUAAUAAUGGGACCAUCGCUUCAUUUCUCCAUGGCCUAGUCCUGCUUUGGCUUAGAGAGGCCAGGAGAUAAACCUGAGCUUUAGCCCCUCAGGCCAGAGGGGAAGGUUCUAGCCCUGUUAGCAGCAGCACCCCUCCUCUCCAGCCCAGUCAUAGCUGUGCCUACUUCACCAACCUGAACUACUGAGCCUUUACUACGAAGUGCCUUCAUGGCCUAGGGUUCGGGGGAACUACAAAGUCAGCUGACUUGUUCCUGUGUGGCUACCUGAAGGAUUCAGCAACUCAGGACCUUAGCCACUGGGGCCACGUAAGAAAGUCUGACAGGGUGAACUCCCACUCUUGGGUUCUUCCAGAAAGGAUGUACAGGAAAGUCAAGGAAAAGUGCUCAGUAAGAAACUCCAAUAGGAAGGGCAGCAGGAGGCCCACCCCAACGCGCACACACCAUAUGCUGAAGAAUUAAAAGCCAAAUAAAAUUCUUCACUUUGUUGAGAAAACACAAAAUGCCAGGCAGUGUGGCCCUCGCCGUUGGGAAUGGAAAGGACCAUCUGCUGGGCAGGGGCAGCAGACUGGAGGGGCCUCAGCUCAGGAAGACAAGUGGCCCAGGUGGGGUCUCAGGCCCAGGCUCCAGGAAGGAAGUCUGGCAGGUGACACGGGGCACAAUGCCCACCAAGAUGCACAUUAAAAACAGCUCAUCUCUGAACUUGUCUGAAGGCUUGUCUUGCUCCCAGAAGCCCAUGAAGGAUGUCCAUGGAGGUGCACUGGGGGUCAGUAUGAGGAGGACCUCGAGCCUCUGGGGCUGCCUCCCCUGCAACCCCUGGACACAGCUGCUCCAGGGAGCACAGCUGGGCAGCUGUCGGAGCCCCCCCAUGGAACAGCCACAGACAGGGAGAGCGACCCGAGCCCCCCCAGAACCCUACUAUUGGCCAGCAGUGCUCACAGCCUAUCUCUGUCCCAGUGAGACCUCAGAGACACAGAGACCAGAAAUACUUUUUAUUAAAACACCAAUCAUUAUUAAAACACCUUGAGGUUCAUUAAAUAAAUACAACCUUUCCAGUUGUACAAACAGGUCUCUUGAGGCUUGAAAACAAUUUCCUAUACAUUCUGCCUCAGCAGCAUCUGUGAGUUGAGAAGGGGAAGAAAAAGAACAUUCAAAAUAAACUCAUGGUGCGUCACAAGCAUUUCAUUGUACUGUUUGUCUCCAGCCAAAGGAGACCUGAAGUCCUUGCAAAUGAUGUCCCCCUUGUUUGCCUGGGAGUUAGGGUCCGGAGUUCACCACCCUCGGUCCCUGGCCCGAGUUAAAGAGCAUUGCCGUAGCAGGACCCAGGAAAGCUGAGGUGAACAACUGCCUCAAAAAUGGCCAGUCAGCUCUUUCACCCACCCAAACAGGAAGCUGAGGACAGGUUUCCAGAAGGGACGGACACAAGUGUGCUGGGGAGGAAGCCAGCUCUCCGAUGUCUGGAAGCCCAUUGCUGCUUGCGGUCUGGGGUUGCUGCUGGGGAUUCCAGUCCCAGAAGGCUGCCGGUCCAAGUUGGGAACGAGAGAUGAAGGGUCAAGUUGCCAGCAUCCUGGUGGCUGUCACUGGCACCUGUGUCCCCUGGGGACCACCUCCUGCAAGUUUGAAGCUCAAAGCUUCUUAGUGCCCACGUGGGUGCCCAAGACCUAGAAGGUGGACCAAGGAGAGCCCAUCAUGCCUGACAGCCUUGUUUCUUUCUAGAAGGCAGAAGGUUCCAGCCCAGAUGUAAAGCUGGGCACCACUUCUUUAUCCAUAAGACAGAGUUCUGAUGGGAGCAGACACAGGACUGAGCAUAAGUGGGUGCAUGGACACAGCUUUCUUAAAGAGUUUAGGGUACCGAGGAGGCUUCCAGGCCACAGCAUCGGCCCACACCUGCAGGGAGACAGCCUGGCCCAAGAGCCCCGGAUGGCACAUUACAAGGCCCUGCUGCAGGAGGUGACGGGGAGGACACAGCACCAGGCUGGCCUGCCCACGGCCACUUCUCCUGUACCCUCCAGGAACUGAAGCAGGGGGAUGGGACUGGCCUCCCCUUGGGUUGUAGCCUGGUCUGAGAUUUGUGGGUUUAGCCCAGCCAAGGACUCGGCUCUGAGACACUGCUGCUACAGGGGCCCCCUAACUAAGCACCCCCUGCAGCUGGCUGCGGCCCUGCCCAACUCCGGUGAAGAUGAUGUGAAUGCUCUGGAUCCAAGACCAAGGCACCGGGAUGUGAAUUCUCCAGUUUGUGGGCUCAGGGGAGGCCAUCCUGAAAAACCAGCAGUUUUAUUAGUGGAGGGACUUGCUUUUGGGAACUUCAAAAGCUAUCACUUGAGAAAAAUUAGAGAAUAGAUUUCCCAUUUUACAGUGUGAAUAAAGUGCUCAUAAAUGCAUCUCUAGUAUGUCUCCCAUGGAAAAGGUAAGAUUGCCAUCAAAAAGCCCGAUUUAUACUUGUUCAGCUGUCUCACUUCAGGGAGACAGUAACCAAUGACAAUAGGAAAGCAAUCAGGGCAUCAGCAACUGAACAUCGCUGGAGAUUCCUAUGCCACUGAAGGCUUGGAAGCCACCCGCCAUGUUGGCUCCAAAGGAGAGGGAGGCUGAAGACGAGCAAGGGGAGGAAGGACUCAAGGACAGGCACAGGCCAUGAGUCACAGGAAAGAGCUGCAUCAGCCCCAAACGGCACGGAGCAGCAGCAGGCACCGUCCUGAUCCACUGCCGAGACCUUUUAUGUCAGGCCACGGCUCUGGGCUGCUUUGUCCAAAGUAGGUGACACUGGCCACAGUUCAAGGGCUCAAUGGUCCACGUGCUAAAGGCUGCUGUUCCGCAGGGUCCAGACACAAGUGUUUCCAGCAGGGCAGGACCUUCUCAGUGUGAGGAAGCUGCCAGAAAACGAGGGACUGGGGGAGGCCAAGAAAGUCAAAGGCACCCAAGUUGUGCCCAAGCUGGGCUCACUUGCUUCUGCAUAACCAGUGUAGUGGGUGUUCUCGUGGAAAUGAAGAACUCAGAAUCCAUGCCUGCCGGUGCUAGUGUGUCUGCUGCCACCUGGCGGAAGGAGAGACCGCUCUGGGUCCUGAGAGAGCUGCCUGUUUAAGCAGGAGGUUCAAAGACCCAGAGAAAAAGGUCCUGUUCCCCUGGAAUUUGAUCUAGGUCAAUCAGGCAAGGUUGGAUACCAAGGGGAAACUCCCAAAGGGGCGCGGGGCAGGUGCUUAUUCUGGGGCAAAUAAGAGCUGGAAGUGUCUGCUGUUAGAGGGAGGGAGGCUGGGGAUAGGGGAGUCUGGGGAAGAGGCCCACAGAUGGGAGGCCUCACUGGGGAGCCCUGGGACCCAGGGACUCUGGUGGGUCCCUCAGAGCCCUCGUGAUACCUGCCUGCCUCCCAGAGGAAGGCCACAGGGGCUGCCCACUGGGUACCUGUCUGCACGACAGCUCUGAAGCCCUAGACCUAAAAAGCUGGGCCCAGGCCCCUGUGCUAAAAUUAACUAUUUCCUUUUAAAGGAAAUGAGAGGUCAGAACAUGAUAAAGGUUUCAUUACAGAGUGAUAUAAACCACGUGGGAAAAUGGCUGUUACUUGAUGUUGUCCUCCAUCUACUUAACAUUAAACUAAAUUGAAGAUGGAGGAGAAGCCUCCUCUCACAGCCCUGACCUGGAAGAUUUGCAGUGUCUUUAAGUUGCAUGAGGGUCCCCUGUUGCUGCGUUGGUGUUCAUGUCACACUGGUCAGUUCAAGAUGUCUGAUGGAACCAAAGCGCUCUAAGGACACCAGAGUUAUCCGUCGGGAUUUCUGGAGCAGGUAGCGAAUACAAUCCCCAGUAAGACAACCGAUGGAUCCACUUAGAGACAGAUGGACAGUUCUGCUCCCGAGCCACCCCACGACAUGCCUGGGUGCUCCCCACUUGUCCUCUGCCAUGCCAGGCUGAAGGCCCCUCUGUCAUCACACACAGUGGCUUCUGGCCGAAACAGACCCAUCAGCAUCCACGUUCACGCCAUGGCUACUUCACAGCUGGUCCGCGACACUGGCACCAGAGCUGGCCUCCUCCACUGGGCGGUCCUCAGAGGCGACCAUGGAGCAGAUGGUCCCCACCAUGUUCCGCACCUCAGAAGGGCGGGCACAGUGCGAGUGUUCCAAGAGUUUAGCCACCAAAACCCUGGUGUCUGCAUAGUUCUUGCUGUCCACUAACGAACGGGGUCGCUCUUUGGAGACCGUCUGUAAGGCCUCUGGCUUUGACUCUUGGUUGAUUUUCCAGGUUGCGGGGUCCCUGGGGGAUGGGAGCUGGCACUGACAAGCAGCCAUGGCAGAGUGAGACACAGAAACUGAAAGUCAAGGGGAAAGACACAGUUUGAAAACAACCGGAAACCAAACCAAACCAAAGGCCACUCUGAAACUGUUCAGGAAGUGAAUCAAAGCAUGGGGAGGACAGGCUUUCUGCUUAGUUUCCUGUGUUUCUGAGCCAGCACCUGGGUAUGCCUGUUUCCCAGCUCAGCCAAGAAUUAAGCUAGUCUUAACCUUAAGGGGCUGCAGCCUCCGGGAGCUGAAGGACUGAAGGUGGGGGUGGGGAGUUAGAGGCCAGGCAGUCUGGAGUAUGGGCCGGCACAGGGCUGCUAGAAUUUCUCCUGCUAGAAUUUCUGAGCUAGCGUCCUUCUCAGCCUUCCCCAGCUCCAUCACCUUUGUCCCCCUGGGUGUGUGUGCCGGUUGGGCAGAAUCAGGAUCUGCCUUAAGACCAGAACUUCCUCCACCACCCCGGGUGUGGACAGUAGCCACCUCCAUGAGUCCUGUCCCCGAUGCCCACCAGGCCAGGGGCUGGGGACAUGGCUCUGUGUCGUCCGCAGAACAAGCACUGGUCAGAUUGGCACCUCGGAGGUAGCCAGCUCCAGGCAGUCACCAAGGACCACACCAAGACCCAGUCACGACAGGAGGUCUGUUCUUGACUCUUGGAUGGCAACAAGUCCAGAAUUAACCUGAGAUACUGUAAAAGCCUCCCACAUUGGGCCAAUCAAUGCCCUAAUAAAAUCUCAUUAACGAAGUGAAAUAAGCAGCCUGACAGAUGCGGAAUGCAUCCUGGCCUCUGACACAACCGCGCAGAGCACCGGCCUGGAGCUCGCAUUUGUGUGGCAGUGGAGGA